AUGAAAAGGAAAGCAGAAAUCAUCGUGAAUGAUGUACACAAAAUGGAUUUCGUGAUUCGUCCAGGUUCAGUAACAGGCACAGGUUCUGUAACCGGUACAGGUUCCGUAACAGGUUCUGUAACCGGUUCUGUAACAGGUACUGUAACAGGUACUGGUUUUGAAACAGGUACUGUAACAGGUACAGAUACUGUAACAGGUACAGGUACAGGUACAGGUACAGGUGCUGUAACAGGUGCAGGUGCAGGUUCUGUAACAGGUACUGUAACAGGUGCAGGUUCUGUAACCGGUGCUGUAACAGGUACAGGUACUGUAACACGUACUAUAACAGGUACUGUAACAUGUAUCGGUACUGUAACAUGUACCGGUACUGUAACAGGUACAGGUACUGUAACAGGUGCAGGUUCUGUAACAGGUGCAGGUUCUGUAACAGGUGCAGGUUCUGUAACAGGUGCAGGUUCUGUAACAGGUGCAGGUUCUGUAACAGGUGCAGGUUCUGUAACAGGUACAGAUUCUGUAACCGGUACAGAUUCUGUAACAGGUGCAGAUUCUGUAACAGGUGCAGGUUCUGUAACAGGUGCAGGUUCUGUAACAAGUACAGAAAAUGUCAGAGGGUGUUCAGCGAACGAUUCCCGUGUCCUAACCCCGAACCACAGCCGAACCCCAGCUGAACCCCGAACCCCAGCUAAACCCCAGCCGAACACCAGCAGAACCCCCGCCGAACACCCGCAGAACCCUAGCAUAACCCCGAACCCCAGCCGAAUCCCAGCCAAACCUCAGCCGAAUCCCCGCAGAACCCCAGCCGAACCCCGGGCAGAGCCCCAGCAUAGCCCCGAAACCCAGCAGAACCCCGCCGAACCCCAGCAGCCCUGCGCAAGGCCUGCGCUGGUCCGCCCUGCGCAGGGCGGGUGUGCGCAGGGCCGGCCUGCGCAGG